AAACAUGGCUCUGGAACGAGGUGCUCGACCGCUAGCACGAUGUCUGCGAUGUACACGACACGAAAAAAUAACAACUCUGCCCAUCCGCGCAUUCACCUUGUCCGCACCGAAAUGUCUGGAGACAGAGACAGCAGCAGGAUCCUCAGAACCACCUCCGCCGCCUCCCUCAUCGAAGUCCGAGAGAUUGAAAUUAGAUCCGUUCAAGGUCUCAACUCCUCGACAAGAGAAACGAUUGCUUCGCACACAACACCUCUUGCCGGUUGGAUCGCGUAGGCGAAGAGCGGCCAUGAAGUCUACGAGUCAAAUACCGUUCGAAGAAAUACCAUAUCAAUGCUUUCAGGAGGCGCGAAAGGUGUUGCAGGAGGAUAGAGCAGUAAGAAUGGAGGAGAUCCGGACGCAGCGCGAGAGGAUAGAAUUCUUGAAGGAGAAGGUGGUUGUGGGCGAGGAGGAAGAGAUGAAGAAGGCGACCACGCUGCGGGAUAUGCAACAAAGAUUGGAGAAGACGAAGAUAUGGGCAGACAUCAAUGAUCCAUUGGUGAAGAAGAAGUUCGAGGACGGUCUGGGCGACAUGACCAAGCCCAUCUACCGCUAUCUGGCCGACCGGAAAUGGCGAACUUACGAACGUCCCCUCCUGGUCCAACGUAUAACCCAGAUGAACAUCAUCCCGGACCUCCUCCCCGGUCUCGCACCCACCGUCGCCACAAGCCUCGCCUUCCCACUCCCCACCCUGCCACACAAACGCAAAAACAUCCCCCACGGCGAUGUCGUCGAAGCCCGUAUCUCCGAGUCUCCCGCCAUCCUCUCCAUCCAACCCUUCACAGCCGGCGAGCAACUCGUCACCAUCGCAGUCGUGAAUCCGGAUGUUCCCGACGUCGAGUCCGACGGCUAUACCUCCCGCUGCCACUUCCUGGCCUGCAAUGUGCCCAUCUCUGCGGUCAACACACAGGUCAAGCUCGCUUCGCUGGACAAGUCGUCGCAAGUCGUGCACUCUUGGCUUCCAGCUUUCGCCCAGAAGGGGUUAGACAAGCAACGCAUGGCCAUAGUCGUCCUUGCGCAACGACAAGCUGCAGAUGGGUCGUCGACCACCAUCGAUACCGCAGCUGUCAAGAGCGUCGAUCAAGGACGAUUUGGGAAACGUAACCACUUUUCGCUGAGGAGUUUCUUGCCGAAAUUCGGCUUGUCGCCAAUUGGUGUGGAUCUCUUCCGGACGACGUGGGAUGCCAGUACGGCCGAAGUGAUGAGGAGAGCGGGUGUGCAGGGAUGGAAUUUGGAGUUCAAGAGGAAGAGGGUGGAGCCGUUGCCUUAUCAGAGAUUGAAGGAGGAGAGGUACAGAUAG